AUGUCGGCAGUAGUAAAACUAGAGGGCUCUUGGUCUGAUGGGGAAAACAAUUUCUCUUACUCGGACCAGUUAAUGCAAAACUCACCCACUUCUUCACAGUCUUCGACCAGCGGUGAUGGAGACUUGGACAAAAUUGGUAGCCCUGUCGCCGCUCAUCCUGCUGGUAGGCGAAAGCUGAAAAGGCGAAGAAAGCGCAUGCUAACUGGAGUAAGCCGACAACGGCGCGCUGCUAACGAGCGCGAGAGAAGGAGAAUACAAGGUGUCAACCGCGCCUUUUUGGAGCUAAAAAACGCGCUCCCAGUGUCUGACACCGCAGAGAUUUCUAAAAUCGAUAUUCUAAGAGUAGCAAUAAGGUGGAUCGAACACCUGUCCGAGUUGUUAGAUCAGGAUGAGAGAAUACCCAGCGAACCAACCAACUUUUGUGACAGUGUUGAGCCCAAGUUGCACGAACUUCUGGGGGAGGAGUUUUACAUCAAUGCCCCUGAACUAGAAAACGACGAUUUUCUUCAAGGAGAAGGUACGUGUUCGUUACUUUAGUGAAUUCGCGCACAUCCCGGUGGUAGUACUAGACAUUAAAAAAGUGCCAGCCUGAAUAGGCUCUUGGCUUAGAGAAGGAAAAAAACUCCCUGCCUUGUUUUUCAAAGCUAUAUAGUAAAUCCCUUUUUAGCAUUAAAUUUAUCUAGCAGUUUGUUUUUGUAACCCUAAGCUUCUAAAAAGCCAGCCUUGACAUGUGUAAAAGCUGAAACUAAAUUGAUAAAACCAGUGAACCUUUACAAAAAACUCUUGACGUAAGCCUAACCGAUGAACUUAGUCCGAUGAUUGACUUGAGUUCAACAAAAACAUGAUCUUUUUCUCAAAUUUUCUCCCAUGCAUUCCCGGCAAUUGACGCUCUUUACACUCACCCAAAUAAGGAAAUAUCGAUCACAUUGUUCUGCUCUUUAUAGAACAUAAAAGAAGUUUUGCAUUUUUGUAUCACAGAAGAGUCUAGCAAAGUUUCUGGUUUCUCUUUUUAUAACCAUGGCCUGAUAUAAACCAUAGUGUCAACACUAAGGGUAACGCGUAGUUAUUUUUAUGCUGCAGCGAUAUUUCAUAGCUUAACGUGAAACAAUUUUUCCCCGUCAUAAUUAAUCCGCACCUAAACGGCAUAACAGGACUCCUGCCUUCUUUCAAGUGAUAAACAUACUUUGUAACCUAACCUAUUUAAAAAUAACAGGAAAUCGGACAUUUUAACGCUUUUUGGCUUUACUACAAAAAAAUUAGUGUCAUACUCUUUAGUAAUGACUAAAAAGCGUCUCCAUGCUUUUUAGUAUUGCUUUCAGUGCAUGUUUCCGAGAUUUCUUUCUUUUUUCUAACUGAACAAAAAGAACCGACUAUCAAUUUUAACUGGAAAAACGUUGUUUGUAUAACGGUCAAAAAUCAGUUAAAUUGCAAUAACAAAGAGACAGAGUAUUUUUGGUAACUUUGCUUAAAAUAACCUUUAAAUUUUCUUUCCUGCUUGGCAUUCCAUACAAACAGUUAAGGUCUAAUCAGAAUUUUAGAGAGAAAGUCUAGUCGUAGAGGCAAAAUCUCAUGAAAACGUUAGCACAGUUUGACGCAGACAUUUCGCUUACUUUAAAUCCAGAAUAAGUAAAAAUUCGAUUCACAAGCUUGUUUUUAGACAUUACUUGUAAAUUCACGUCAUUGGAAAAAGUCAUUUAGACUAUCUAGGUGUUGCGCAGAAUAUUAAAUUAUCUAUACACUAAAAACUACUUUAUUAAAAUUCUUUUGUAAUCAAAGAUAAAACGUUUAGCCUCCAACCGUGCUUAAAAAUGGCCCGAACGAAAUUUAAUGACGUUCCGACAUUACGGGAAUAUUUCAUUUCCGGUCGAAAUUCCAUUUUAGUUCGGCGCAAAUACACAACUGGGACGAAAAAGAGAAUAAGAAAAAUAAGAAAUGAGGAUGUUGCCAAUCUUCAGUUUGGAUUACACCUGAAAAGACUGAUGGGCGAACUUGCUAUCAGUUUGGUGCAGUGGGGUAUUUUAGAACAUUUAAGUCGUCGAUAAGAUCUCCCACUUUAAAUGUUCUGCCAGUGAGUGUUUGUGAUAAUUGCAAUGUGCGUAAAUUAUGCUAAUAAAUCAUUGUAAAUAUGACAAAUUUUUUAUCCAUGGCGAAUGCUUUCUUACUAAAUGCGUCUUUUUCGAGGCCGUUUUACCAGUCUAUGGUUCUUGUUAGAACCCACAAAUUGUGGUUUCCACAUUGGGAAGGUUUUUAAACAAAUGGUUUACAAGAUCCGGGGGAAGCAUGCACUUAAGAAAUCUCAGGUUUACAGGACCAGAUUUUUAAUAGGCAGACCAGGAGGGUACUCCUAGGAACUCUUGGAGGGGUGUGCCGCCUGGUUCUCCAAAAUCCUGACCCUAUUUCAAACCAACAAUGUCAUUUCCACACCCGUUGUCAGUGGCAUCUAAAAUCCAUACACGUUUCAGACCUGGCCUCUAGGCAGAAAUUAUGUCAUGAUUACUUAGAUUAAAACGCAAACAUAAAGAUUUUUUAAAAUCCAUUUCGAAUUCGCAUACUUCACUAUACACUCCAAUAUUUCCCUCGAAAACCAUACCCGAUUCCAGACCAAAAUGAGCAAAAUGUCAGUAUUCCUGCUUUCAGAUCGAAAAGGCGCAAAAACCAUUCCCUUUGGGUUGGCACAUACUUACAUGGCUUAUGUAAGGGAGUAAUCCCCGGCAGGCAGAGACCCAUGGCUCGUAAUAUUCAGCAGCACCGUACUUAUCAUCAGUACUUAAAGGAUAUCAGACAUGGUUUUCAAACGGUUCUUUUUUUUCAAAUGCUUUGCAAUUCUGACAUUGAUGCUAAAAGAAGAGAUCACUGACCGUUAAUGUGAAACGUUCGUGAGUUAUGUUUGAAAACCGAUAUGAAGAGGUCCCCCCUGACAGUCCCUCCAUUGAACGCCUCAGAUUAGUGGCUGGAUGAUUAACAUUCUUUCACACUGGCCCACCCCUGAAGACAACAAGCGUUAACUAGAUAACCGUUAUCUUUUAGCAACGAGUCCAUACGCCACAUGACGCAGAUUUAAACGAAACUGACACGGUUGAAGAUAUCGUUUUGGUAAAUAAUUGUAUUAGUUUUUCUUAUCGCUUGGCGCAUGGCGGUAAUCUGUUGAAUAAUUUUAAAAAAUUGGGUUGUAAUGGCGAUUCCAUCACGUCCUAAAGAAUGUGCCAAAAUUACCUCCGUUUUUGGGCAGUUCUGAAUUUUGGAACACGACAGUGAAUAUUUUAGUAUCCGUCGUUAAUUCUUCUACUUUCAAAACUAAAUUAACAGUCUAUCUGUAUAGGUCUAUACCACAAAAAAACCUUUACUUGGUUACUAAUGGGAGUUUUGCAACUAGCAAAGUGGAAUCAGUGAUAAAAAUUCAAGCUUAGUAAAAUGGAAAAUUUAAGCAAACAAUGUAGAAAUUUGAUUGACUAAAUAUACCGGUAUCACUAUAAAGGAACGUUUGAAAUGAAAUGUCCCACAAUUUAAACGCAUUACGUAAAUCAAUGCUACGCUUGCUUGCCUACAGCCUGGCUUUAACUGUAUUUUGGCAUUUUAGUCAUUUUAGGUUGCCGGUCGAUUUGGCGUUUUGCCAUUUUAUAAAAUAUCGGUUGGUAAAAGAUGUUUUUCCACCCAGGUAAUGAUCAGUGAAUGAUCCAUUUGUAAUUUGGAGAUCCUAGGAUGGUAUUUAUAACUGUAUUUGAACUGGUAUCGAUUGAACGUAAUUUUUCCGCCUGUACAAGAAGGGUACGGCAUAUGAAUGGUUCCUCAAAAACGUGGGUCUCGGAACGGUUCUGGGAAGCGUAUUUGACGGGUCUCGAAGUCUGGUUUUCGGAUCGAUCGAACUUUGUUUUGCGUCUCGGAGUCUCGAAUUUUCAGUAUAAGUUUCGGUCUCGAAUUUUGAAACCGGGGUUUCGCCGUCUCGGAAGUCUCGAAUUUACCAUUCUAUAACCAUGCAAAUGAAAGACCACUGUGCUGUGUGACCACAAGCGACGAGGCGAGGCAUCCUCUCUUGGUGACCCCUGAUUGGUCUGAUUAUGUAUAGGUUAAUAAGCGCGGCGCUUUUAGGAACUUUUUGUCUUUCUGUAGAUUCUGUACAGGAAGCCGGAUUCUGACUUUUGACGGUGUUUUGAACCCAAGGUUAUUAAAUUUAAAUGUGGAGAUUUCGUUACACCUAAAGCAAGGGCACAGUCUUUGAUCUUUAGAAAACGGGCUACUGAUAUCUGCUGAGUUAAAUCAUUAAUUUACGAUUUCUAAACUGGGAUUCUUUAACCUAAGACCCUCAAGUUAAGCUUCUUAAUGACGGACCCAUUAGAGGAUUAACUUCUUUGACCCAAGAUAAGUUAAAUCCUCCAGAUCCUGUCCGCUUAAAGUCUCAGCUUUUUUUAACCAGUUAGUUAACAUCCGCUGAUAAGAUAUGAACCCUCACUCCAACAAGUGCUCCAAAUUAGGAAUUCAAUAAAAAUAUCAAGUCUAUUUUUGAAAACUGGACAAAAAAUAAAUAGCAUCAUUUGAAAGUACGGUUAUGAAAGCUCUUAUUUCAUGGAAUGGACACACCAAAGAGCUUUUAUGCCACUGUGGGGCUGAACGGAAUAACGAUGGUCACCAGAUAACACGACUACCGUCGGUGUGUCGUGAUUUUUUUUUCUUCGAUUAGCUAACUAAAAUUUAGGUUUUUUUCACUUUGAUAAAAUUGAGGAACAUUAGGACUAAACUUGCACAAUAUUACCAUAUUUACCUGACUGUCUACAUCAUUAUUAAUUAAUUAAUUUAUUUAUUUACUUGACUCCCAAGAUCUGAUAGUAAUUCUCAUUUCUGGCUGUUAUGCAUUUUACUGUGCAUUGGUUAAGAGAAUUUGGGGUUAUAUCAAUAUGGCAUCCAUUGGCUGAUAAAUUUACCUAUUCUAGUCACCUAUCUGUUGGACAAUGUAUUGGAAUUAUGAGGACAAGUUAUAAACCAGUCACUUAUGGGAGUUAAAGGCGUUAAGCCCCUGCAAUCCCUACCUUUAAUUGUGUAGAGUAGCCGAGAACUGCCUGUUUAUUCUACUUACGUUUUUAGCCAGUUCUUUCCCAGAUGAAUAACUCGAUCCAGCUAAAUCUCCUUAACGCCAUGUUUCUCUUAGGCAGUAGGCUGUUGUCAAUAGAUCUUAUUUUCCUCUUAACCUUUUCACUACCUAGAGAGUAAUUAAAAAAUACAUUUAUAAAAAGCAACUCCUAAAUUUCAUUUUGUGAAAUACGGGAACUAAAUGGCUGGUGCCAGGCACUCAAAAAAAGAUUCAAUUGAUUUGUCACACCAUAGGAUUUUAUUCAGACUCAAAUUAAUGACUCGGAAAACAUGGCAUGCCGAACUUUGGAAGAGGGGGCUGUUCGCUCUCAGGUCAAUUGUUCUGAUCAAGUCGCUCAGUGUGUUGGGAGUUGCACGAAUCAAGGACACACUAAUUGGCCACCAGGGUGAAUUAAGAUCAGCAUGCGUGUCCCAUAAUUGAAUUUGGGAGAGAACUAUUGGCACUCAAGUUCUGAUGUCUAGUCACUCAGUGGGGCCGGAGUUGCACCGAUUACUUAAAUAGUCACACUAUACGGCCUGCCAUAAGUAAUGUUUUAACUAAGGAAUCACAACUCGGCAUAAGAAAUCCAGCCAAUAAUUAAGUUUAACGCAUGUUUAUCAAUCCGAAUUGAUAAUAUUUGUUUUACUACCGCUUGGAUAAAGUCAAUUUUUAUACAGUGGAUUAUAAAUUUAUUUUAUGGGCUACCUGCCAAGUGGUAUUAUAACAUCAAAAUUAGAAGCUGAUAAACACUACAAUGAGAUAACGUAAGCUCUCCGGAAAUCAGCUUUCGAACCAUUAAGGGCAGCCUACGCAUAGGAAACAAGCAGUUUAAAGCAAUUUAGUAAUCAUGUGGGGUAAUAGAUAGAAAUACUAUUCAUUCUCUUUGAUCUGAUAGAAUCAUGGAACUAGUAUACGAGAUAGCUCCCCACAGACAGUGACAGAGCACCACAAAUAGGGUCUGGAAAGGAGGACUCGGGGCCCUGAUCCCGCUCCUUGUUCACGGAGACCCCCCAUCCCGAACUUCUGCCAUCGCUAUCCCGAACAUCAUUUUCUUUCCCAAUACUGCAUUCGUGCCCAGACUUUGGCUUUCCCAGUAGCAGUCAAAUCCCGCAUCCCGUUAAUGUUUUCCCGAUUCCCCAACUCAGGCGCGGAUCCACACCGGUUUCCACCGUUUUACGGAAAUCAGUGACAUUUCAGUCAUAAUAAUACAUUUUUAAUAAUAAAAACACAUUCGACGUUGAAAUCUGGCCAAUACCCUGUCUGAAUGACUCGGAAACUCAGGAAAGGGGAAUUCAGGAGUAAAAAUCCAAAAAAAUUUGCUAGGGAGUCCGUCCCCGGACCCUUCUAGAAUCUUGCGCCUUCGGCGCUCGUUUAGGAAAUCGGUCAGUAUUUAUCCUAGAUCCUCGCCUGCAACUGUAUUUUGGUCAAUCCCGGAUCCCGGAAAACUCUUCCAGACCCUGCACAAAGGCUACCACCUCAGAUUGCUAAUUUUAACUUUGUCUUUUCGUUUCCUCCAUAGAUAUAUGGUCAGAUACAUCCAGUCACCUUUGCGUUCACACCGAAGAGCCGUUUCUUCAUACUCUACUUUGCAACAGUUUUCAAUCGGACACUUUGACUUUACCUCUCUUGGAACUUACUGAUCGACUCUGA